GCUUUUUGAUUUCUAAGCCUGUUUGGACGAACUCUUUUUUCUUUUUUCUUUUUCUUUUUUUUUUCUUCUUUUUUCUCUUGAGGGUUUUUUCAGGAAGGCAUGAUGCCAUCUUCAUUCACCAACCAUAAUUACUAAUUAGGAAGACUUAACUAGUUAUAAAUACCUUGACUACCUACAUAGGGACCGAGACCUAGGCUAUGAUCAAAAAUAUUAGAUCAAAAUUAAAACAAUGACAUCCUUCAUCGUGAACAAUGGUGCUCCCAAUAACUCCAACCCCCCCUACACCCCGAAGCAGGACCCUCCUGUCGGCACCGCUCUCAACCCCGCAGCAGCUCCGACACUAUUCCAGCCGCUAAAGAUCCGGGGUAUGGAACUCCAGAACCGGUUCGCCGUCUCGCCAAUGUGUCAGUAUAGCGCCGAUGAUGGACAUCUAACCGAUUGGCACUUCGCUCAUCUGGCCCAGUUCAUCAUCCGCGGCAAUGCCCUAACCAUCGUCGAGGCUUCCGCAGUGACCCCCAAUGGCCGCAUUAGCCCUGACGACGUUGGUCUCUGGAAAGAUAGCCAGAUCGCCGGCCUGAAGCGCAUAGUUGACUUCGCCCAUUCACAGGGCCAGAAGGUUGGUAUCCAGCUCGCCCACGCCGGCCGUAAGGCUAGCAGUCUCGCCCCCUGGUUCAAACCCGCCGGUGUCGCCAAUGCCGUUGCCACUCUCGAAAACAACGGCUGGCCCAACAACGUUUGGGCCCCCAGCGCCCUCAAAUAUGACCAUGGUUUCGCAGAGCCCAAAGCCAUGACAAUCGAGGACAUCCAAACGCUCGUACAGGCGUUCAAGGAUGCUGCAAGAAGAUCUGUCGCUGCCGGCAUUGACUGCAUCGAGAUACAUGGCGCUCACGGGUAUCUGAUCUCCGAGUUCCUGUCGCCGCGCACCAAUCAGCGUACAGACCAGUACGGCGGCAGCUUCGAGAACCGCACGCGUGUGCUCUUCGAAGUCAUCGCAGCCAUCAGGAGCGUCAUCCCCGAGACCAUGCCCCUGCUUGUGCGUAUCUCGGCCACGGAAUGGAUGGAGUGGGCUGGCGAGCCCAGCUGGGAUCUCGAGCAGUCCAUCCGCUUCGCCAAACUACUGCCUGCCGCCGGGGUUGAUCUCUUAGACGUCAGCUCGGGCGGCAACAGCCAGACGCAGAAGAUCGACGUGCACCCCUACUACCAGAUCGACCUCGCGAGCAAGAUCCGGGACGAGCUCAAGAAGGAGGGCCUGAGUUUGCUUAUCGGCGCCGUGGGAAUGAUCACCAACGCCGAGAUGGCCCGGUCGAUCGUGCAAGAAGACAAGGCCGACCUAGUGCUAGUGGCGCGACAGCUAAUGCGCGAGCCUGAAUUUCCUCUGCGAGUGGCCCAGCAGCUAGGCGUCGAAGUGAAGUGGCCAGUUCAGUAUAGCCGGGCGGAAUGGCAGAAGGGUCAGAAGAUUUAGGUAGAUAGGGAUCACAUAUAUGAAGAGAUACGAAAAAUGAUGAAUGAACGACAAACACUAUUCCUAGUGUAGAGGUAGACUAAAUAGAUAGAGCACAAAAUAAGAGAGAGAAGGGUUGCCUAUAUAUUGUUAACUACAUAGGUAGCACAUUACUUUCAUGCACAUUUUGAGAUGUUCAAUAUUUGGGGUGACUUGGAUGGGAUGGUCUGAACAGAAAGAAUAGUAAUGAAUCUAAUGAUAGGAUCAACGGUACAAAUGUUUAUAAAUGUUACCUACCUAAC